UAGAGGACCCUCUUAUUAGGGGUGCUUUGAAGGAGAGUUAUGAGAGGUGCACAGCGAAGUGUUGGUCUAUCUUCUCUCAAUCAUCACUUUCGCUCCAUUCAGAUGUUGUCGAUGACUAUCUCUCUGUUUUGACACCGUUGGUCGAGCUAUGCCCUGAUAUUCUAUUCUUGUCUCCCAUCUUCCCUACCGCCUUCUCCAUCUUGGUAGGCUCGUUACGGCUUUUAAACACCGACACCAAUUUCCGAGCACUGGGUAUCAUUAGGGCAAUACUGGGACACGAUUGCAUCAGUGGAACUGCGGCUGUGGCCCGACCGGAAUUUCCUCUUUACGCUGAAGCCAUCUCUGCUACUGUGCAAAAAGAAGGUCCAAAUCUGGUCACGAAUCUGUUUGCGGGGUUACUCGACCAUUUUGCUCCCGAAAUGAUGAGUGGGGUGAUUACUACUGUCCGGAUUCUCACUCAGGUCUGGACUACCAGUAUGCAACAAUGGGUCCCUGCUGUAUUGGAGCAACUUCCUGUGUCCAGCUCAUUGGAGCCGGCAAAAGUCAAGUUCAUCAAUGAUUUCAAUGGGCAAUGUAAAUAUAGUGCAUUGGCCUCUGCUGACCUCGAUAAACUCAAACCUGCCAUCUCAACUUUGCAGCGUAGCGUGCUUCGGGCCAAGGACAGACGCCGUCCCAUCGAUCGCUGA